UUUAAUCUUUUCAUUGUUGUUGUUUCUUCCAGGCUUUGGCAAUACUGUAUUUUUCUUUUUCUCUUUUUUUCACAGUCAGGCCAAUAUAAAAAAAUAAAAUAAACUGGAAUUUCCUGAUUAUAUUACCUAAAACGUGUAAUGUAAUGGAUUGCGCUACUAGCUACUACAGUUGUCAUGCAAUUUGUAAUCAGUGACGGAGUUAGUACACAGUGUGUGUAUCUCAUCGCGCGCACAAGAAAGAGGUCGGUGGCUUUGGAUAAAAGCGUCUGCUAAAUGACUAAAUGUAACGCACACACACAUAUAUUUGCCAGUGACUCUUAUCAGUCAGUCCACACUCUCUGAUAUGCGCCGCCUGAUCAUCACCCGUCACGAGCGCAUCAAACCCGCCCAGCAGGAGCUGACAGACGCGCGCUGCUCGGUGUCUGCGGUGGAAGCACAGGUUGUCGAGGGUCAAUCAGAUUAUUGGGUAAAAUAGAUUGUGACGUCAGGGUUUAGGAAGCGCCGCGUCGAGUUCACGCAGAGCACGAGCGCUUUCCCCGGACGCGAAAGGACCGAGCCGCUCUCCUCCCGCAGACAGACGCCAGCAUGAGUCCACCGACACCGACCUGAAGGACACACACCGCAGGAUGGCCUCGUAUCUGGAGAUAGCUGAUGACAGCAAAGGGCACGAACUGAGUCUUUUCUGUGUGCCGAAACACUACGAGGAGGACUUGGACAGUGUCAUAAUACCCAAUGGCCUCAUUAAGGACAGGACUGAAAGGUUGGCCAGAGAUAUCGUUCGGGACAUGGGCGGGCAUCAUAUCGUGGCCCUUUGCGUUCUGAAAGGAGGGUAUAAGUUCUUUGCGGACCUGAUGGAUUACAUCAAGACGUUGAAUCAAAACAGCGAUAAGUCUGUGCCACUGACUGUGGAUUUCAUUAGGCUAAAGAGCUACUCGAAUGAUCAGUCUACAAACUGUGUGAAGGUUAUCGGUGGAGAUGAAUUAUCUGCCCUUGCUGGCAAAAAUGUGCUGAUUGUAGAGGAUAUUGUAGAGACGGGAAGAACUAUGGAAACGCUGCUCAAACUAUUAAAUGAAUGUCAUCCUAAAAUGGUGAAAGUUGUCAGUUUACUUGUGAAAAGGACACCCAGGAGCUCAGGAUACCGUCCAGACUAUAUUGGAUUUGAAGUUCCUGACAAGUUCCUAGUGGGAUAUGCUUUAGACUACAAUGAAUAUUUCAGGGAUUUGAGUCAUAUCUGUAUUUUAAGUGACAGUGCGAAAGAGAAAUAUAAAGUAUGAUAUGACACCUAAGUGCUGGACGCAUGAAGACAAAGAUCACUGUGAACUUGUUUUGUUUUUUGUUAUUGUAAAAUUAUUUUUCAACAUGCCAUCUGAAAUGAAUAAUGAACUCAUGAAACAUGGAUUCCCAAAGAUAAAUGAGAGUGAAAAUGUCCUGUGUUAUAAUUAAUCUCAUUUUAAUUGUCAUUACUGGUGAAGAUUAUAGGCAUAGUUGCCCCUUUUUUUGAUUGUUUGAAACGAGGCCUUAGAUUAAUUGAUUUUAUGUUCACGCAAGUCCAUUUGGCUAAAUCAAAUUUGGAUUUAGAGCUCAGAGAUUGCAAAGUUAAUCGCUGUUAGCUAGUUAUGGUUAUUUAUUAUAUAUUAUCUAGAUACCGACUCCAGAUUAUAUCCACACACCGAAUGCCAUGAAGGCUUUGGUAUUGAAAUGGAGGUUUUUGUUCACCACAAUAAAACUACACUGACAAUGUUA